GGUGAAAGUAACAAUAUGUAUGUCUCGCAAGCAACAAGAGUUUACACGCAGUCUCCGCAUCGUAAAGUGACUUGUGAAACCCUGUAACAGACAAGAGUGUAUCUUCAAACCCGUUCCAUCGUGUAACAAACGGCACUUGUGUCAAGGAUGGCGUCCACGGUAAAAGUUCCAGCGUACGUACAGCAACGACUCCUAAUUGUAGCAAAAGAGGAAGGAUUUGCCCCGGAACAGUUCUCCGUCCAGUACGAGCCGGGCUCCAAAUCGGGAGACGGAUACAUUGGACUUAUUGUGCGGGCUCGAUUCGUUAGCUCAGUGCAACCAACACUAACGGUAAUAUGCAAAUUCCCACCCGAAGAUCGACAGCAACGAGAGCGCUUCAAUGCAAUGCUGCUGUUCGAGCGGGAGCUUUUUAUCUACCAGCAUGUACUGCCAGCGUUCGAGGAGCUUCAGCUACAGCACGGUAUUGACCGGCAGGAUGAAACAUACUUUGGCAACUAUCCGAAGUGUUACCACGCAUACUGCGAUAGUGACCGGGGAGAGGCUGUGCUAAUACUGGAAGACUUGUUGGCCCCGCAACGACCACCGAUGAAGCUGCUCGAUCAGUACGUACCAGUUGAUUAUGAUCAUGUGCGUGUACUGAUGGAAGCGUUGGGCCGGUUCAAUGCGUGUUCCUUUGCGCUCAAGCACCAUCGACCAGAAAUGUUCGAGAAGCUUCGCCAGCUGAACGAUCUUUUGUCCAUCGUACUGGACACGGAACAAACGCGCCCUUUGACGCCACGCAACUGUCAGCUAGCAGCAUCGGCCUUUGAUGUGGAAAAGGAAGCAAGGCAUCAUCGUGAUCUGCUCGACUUGUCCCACUCUAUGUGGCCUAGGACGGGAGCGCAUGUUCGAGGUGCUCGAGCCGAACCGUACGCUGCCCUGAAUCAUGGGGACUGUUGGACCAAUAACGUUAUGUUCGGUUACGACGCCAACGGUCAUGUGAAGGAUGUUUGUCUGUUCGAUUGGCAGAUGGCUCGCUACGGCUCACCCGUGCUGGACUACACGCUGUUAAUUUUCCUUUGCGGAGAGCUCGAACUACGUCGUAGCAAAUUCGACAGUCUUGUAACAGCGUUUUACGAUGCUUUCUCUGCCACUUUACAGCGGAUGGGUGGCAGUGCAGAAAGUGACCUGCCACGGGAAGAGCUCGAACGGCAGUUGAAGCGAUUUGGAAGGUUGGCUCUUGUUAUGGGCACCUACGCGAUACCAAACGUUGCUCAACUACCUCCGGCAGUGUGUGAACAUCCGUCCUUACAUCAGGCAGAUAAACGUUUGCAACAUUACUACGCACUGAUGCGAGAACUGGUACAGGAUACUGAUGGGUUUGAUGCGAUAGUAUAAUAAAUCGACAGAAGGAAGGAUUAAUAAAGUUCUAUCACUUACCA